GCAUAAACCGCUAAUAGUUUACUGAAAUAUCCACGACAUAGAGUCGAAAAGAGUAAAUAUAUUGCUGUGUUUAUUUGAUUUUGAUCAUAUAUAGCAAUGUUAUUGUACGCUGUGCAUGGAGGCAUUGCAAAAUUAUGCAGUAAUGGUCUCGGGAUAAGGAAUUUGAUCAAUUUAAUAGACUACGCCAAACCCUGAGGGGCCACAGCAAUUCGAGUUCCUCAGCCUUUUACUGACCCAAAAACAAGAGAAUCUGAUCGGUUUGCAGGACCUCUCUGUUAGAUUUACCAAGCAUGUCUAAGCUCAGAAGACGUGGCUCAAACAAGCAUAAAUCGUUCGGUUUGACGGCGGAAGUUAAUCGUAAGAUCCAGAGCAAAUAUGACACUGAACUUGAGAUGCAGUGCCGUGAUUGGCUGGAGAAGAUGUUGGGAGAAAACAUUGAGUGGGGGGUCGAGACGGAAUACAGUCGGCCUGGCGAAUCAUUCGCUGACGGUAUAUUUGAUGGCAUUGUGCUAUGCAGAGUCAUGAAUGAAGUGUUCCCUGGCGCCAUCAGCAAAAUCCACGGUAUCAACGGAGGAAGAUUCCACGGCUUUCAGAUCCUUGAAAACAUCGAAAAAUUCCUGAAGGCGUGCCAAGGAGAACCGUUUAAUUGUAACGUGGUGGAUCUCUUCUCGCCGGGAGACUUGUACGAGAAGAAUAACGUUGGUCAGGUCAUCACAGGCAUCCAGGCUUUUGCGAGAAAGGCCCAUCAAUACGACAAGACGGUUCCUCUUUUUGGUCCAAAGGAAGCCGAGAAAAACCCGCGAAACUUUCCCGAGCAGAAGCAUUUCUUCCGAGGGGAUAUUUGUAAAUUUUCUACGCGUAACAGGAGCAUUGCUGCACGCGCGCAUAAAUACUUAGAGAAGCGACUGCAAUUGGCCAUUAACCGCCCGGGUUUUUCGCAUGCUACGGGCUGCAUUCCAGGGGCGCUCUCAUUUAGGUUGAAGGUUUGUACGAAGGCGCACAAGGUCUAUCUCGUCCUUAGGAAUUUUACCUUUGCUGCAAUCAUGAGCAAACCAAGAGCGUUUGGAUUCUCCGCUGAGGCAAUUGCAAAGGUAGAUGCAAAGUAUCCCAAGGAGCUUGAGGGGGACGCGCGGCGAUGGGUGGAGACCAUGUAUGGGGACACGGUGGCCUGGGGCGAGGAGAGACCUAACCAGAGGCCUGGGGAGACGUUUGCUGAACCUCUGAGGAGCGGUGUCAUUCUCUGCAAAAUCGCCAACAAGAUCAAGUCAAACGCAAUCCCUAAGAUUGGCGAGAGCAACAAAUCCUUUGUAAUGCAAGAAAAUAUAUCUAAGUUCCUGGACUUCUGCGAACGAGUGUUGGGUCUAGACAGGCUAAACCUUUUCCAGACAGUUGACCUAUUCGAGAGGCAGAACGUCGGAAUGGUCAUCACCACAUUGCAAGCGGUUUCACGAAAGGCCAACGCCUUGCAUGACGACCUUCCGCUCUUCGGGCCCAAGGAGGGAUCCGGUCCCAACCCCCGAGAGUUUACGGAAGAGCAACUGAAAGCAGCAAAGGCGAAAGGGGCGCUCCGUUAAUGAAACACAGGGAGCCCACCACAGGAACCCCAAAACUUUUCAUCCCUACUUCUUUUAUCGUGAUAUCUGUGACAAUCUUAUUCCACCCUCUAAUUACGAUGCUAAAAAAUAAAUUCACUCGAUGAUUGUUGAGGUAUUUGUUAUCCCGUCUUGGAUCAUUAAAGACAUUAUGUUGUGUUUAAAACCAAAGUCAGCCAUGAAAGAUUGAUCAUUUUUUUUAGCUGACUUCGUCCACAAAUCAAUUGUAUUUUAGAUGACCCAAGAAUUAGUAAAGUCAAGUGUAAUCUACCCUAUACUAAAAUUUUAUAUGAUAAAAACAGCUUCAUUCAA